AUGCAGCAAGACGCUUUAUACCGUCGAGAUUCUCAAAUUUCUACGAAAUUAGGCUCUGCGCGGACUCGUCUUCGUGACUUUCGGAGAAACCUCUCGAAGCCGUUCCGCAAGUCACAGAAGAACACCAUCGACAUAUUCUCUUCACCUUCAGGAAGCAGCCAACCCGAAUGCUCACAGCUCUUGUCUUCGGCACCACCCGUAUUGAUGUGCCCAAUCCAGGACUCUGUAGCUGAUAGCUUCAGCUCUAUCAUGGAUGGUGCCACAGAAAGAAUGUUCAGGAAGAGCCAGUUGUCGCAGGCGCGACCUGCCAACGUUUCUGCCAUCUUUGUUCAUGCUGGCGCCGGCUACCAUAGUACCACGAAUGAACACAUCCAUCUAGGAGCUUGUGACAGUGCGGCGCGUAUGGGAAUGCGAAUUCUGAAGGCAGGAGGUACAGCUGUUGAUGCAGUUGAGGCAGCAAUUAAGGUACUCGAAGACAAGGAGAUCACCAAUGCAGGAUUCGGCAGCAACUUGGCUAUCGACGGUGUUGUUGAGUGUGAUGCUACGGUCGUUGAUUACUUGGGAAGGAGUGGUGCCUGUGGUGCUACAGCGCAAGUCAAGAAUCCAAUCAAUUUAGCCCGAACUAUCCUCGACGCCUCUAACAAGCCACUGUCACUUCGAAGAGUUCCUCCUAAUCUCCUCGUUGGUCAAGGAGCAACUGACUUUGCCUGGGAGUACGGUAUCCCUGUCAUGCCUCAUGACCACUUGGUUUCCAAGAAUGCACGAGACCGAUAUCUUAGAUGGCGUGAUGAUUUAAAGCGAGUGGAAGGCUUACGCAUGACACCCGGCUCGAGUCCAGGCAGUAGCCAAGCUGAAGAAAUGGACCUUGCGUACGAAGAGCGCGUCAGAGCGCAACAACGCCGAGAUCAUACCAACGCUCUCCUUAGUGGCACAUGGAAUGAAGGGCAGCCCGAUUCUCCGCAAGCAAGCCCAGGCCCCGAAGUAUGCGACUCCGAACCAAUCUUUUGUCCAGCUACCCGCCAGUCUCCGAGUCCAUCAUAUGGGGGUCGUACACUUGUCAAUUCUGGCUCUUCUGCCCGCAGUCACUCCCCACACUCCCCAAAUCCUGCGCCUGCAAAGCGUGCUCGGUAUUCGAGUCAACCAAGUGAAGAGCGACGGACUCAUUCCUUGCUUGGUCAAAGUGCUAGCAACAAUGAAGCACAAAAAGGGACGCCAGAUACCGGUAUCAGCAUGCAUGCGGUCGAGUCUCUCCACAAGGGCCAUGCCCAUCAUAAAGCCAACCCUACAAGCAGCGAUGGUCAUAAUUCCCCUCCUAAUCCUCUCAGCGAAUCAGAAGAAUACUUUGGCGCGCAUUCAUCACUUGCGUUCGCUCAAGAAGGAACCGCCGAAACACCCUCAAAGCUCCUCACAGGCAGCGAUGAAGAUCGAAUCACAGACACUGUUGGAGCUAUUGCCAUUGACAUGUAUGGCCACAUUGCUGCAGGUUCCUCUUCAGGCGGAAUCGGCAUGAAACACCGUGGUCGGGUUGGCCCAGCUGCCCUCGUGGGAAUUGGCACGGCUGUGAUCCCCGCUGAUUCUGCAGACGAGGAAGAUACUGCUGUUGCAGCAGUCACCAGCGGCACUGGCGAGCACAUGGCGACGACUAUGGCUUCUCAAAAAUGCGCUGAGCGACUUUAUCAUAGCACCAGACGAGGAGUAGGAGGUGUAGAUAUCAGUGCAACUGAUGAUGAGGCAUUGCAAUCCUUCGUCCUGGCCGACUUCAUGGGUCAUCCCGGGGUCAUGCAAAGCAACUCUGCUGGUGCCAUCGGUGUAAUGGCUGUGAAGAAGACAAAUUAUGGAUACUUCCUCCACUUCGCGCACAACACCGACUCCUUUGCCCUAGCUUCUAUGCACUCUAAUGAGAGAGAAGCGAAGUGUGUGAUGUCAAGAAUCGGAGACCAGGUUGGCGUUGUUCAAGGAGGCCGGAAAAUCCGUCUUGACUAG